AUGAGACGACUGUACAAUAUGUCCACUUCUGCCAUCAUAUGCUCAAAGUGGAUAGGUACCAGGGACAGAAAGACAAAGAGGCAUAUAUUGAAACACGAGCAGCCACAAGUAGUGCUCACUACUAGUCCCCUGACCUUUCUUGGAAAAUUUCUCCCUGCUGGGGAAACAGUAAAAAGGGAGGAGAAAAGGAAAAAUAGAGAGAUAAUGAGUUCAUCGUGGACAGCAAAACAGAACAAGAUCUUUGAGACGGCACUAGCGACGUAUGACGAGGACACACCAGACCGCUGGCAGAAGGUGGCACGAGCAGUCGGUGAUGGGAAGUCAGUCGAUGAAGUGAAGAGGCACUAUGAAGAGCUGCUGAAGGACCUGCAUCACAUUGAGUAUGCAGGAGGCCGUCGCGGAUCCCUCUACAACAUCUCCGGCGCUAGCAGUAGCAACAGCAACUCCUGGGGCAGUGCCAAUGAGGACCACAGUGUCUGGGUGUGCCUUGAUUAUCUGUAUCUUGGGCUAUCUGAAAUCAAUCAAAUUAUUAUGCUUGUGAGAGAAAUAGGCAGGAUAAGGACACCAGUGAUGGUGUUCCUCUUGGAAGGUUGCUCUUUGCAUUCCUCUGCAAAGAGGGAAUGGCCUCAUUCCUACCACUCCCUGCACAGUGGAGAAGGUACCUCAAUCCUCAGUGAACGCGAUCUUGGAGGAGCUGAUCCGAAGCCUAUUGCCGCGGCACUGCUCUUGCCAGCAAAACCGAAACAAAUAACCGAGUCUCCCUGA